UUGCGCUUUGUUCGUGUUUCAGGGGCAUUCACGUUUAUUUAAAAUUGAUAAAUAUCAAUUUGAUUUUGAAGUUACUGAGACUAUCACUGUGUACCACAGUGAAACUAAUCACCAUUCGUUUCAAGUAGAUCAUGAAAAUAAUGACUUGAAUAAAGAACUUGUGCGGAAACAGAAUGGAAUUUAUGAUAGGUUAUUAUGAAUAGAGAAUAUUUCUUAAAUGGACGUCUUAAUCUUCUUUGAAGCUCACAAGAGGAACAAAAAAUUAGUCUUAAUCAUCUAAACCCAUAAAACAAUCGGAACAAAUUGUAAAAGCACGAAAAGAAAGGCCAGGAAAACACGAAACAGACAACUGUGAUGACAUACUUGUUAUCAGAUGCAAGUAUGGAGCCUGAUGCCAGUGUUAUCUCUUUAUCAAAUGAAUCAAAUUCUCUAGAUGACGAAGAAGUUCCUUUAGAAAGCAUAAAUUUCUCGUCAAUGCUCUCUGAAAGCGGCUCAAUCAGAAAAGUUUUGCUUACAAAUAGUUCUCUAAGUCUUCAUGCUCUAGCGAAAGACAGGCAAAAGAAGGAUAACCAUAAUAUGAUUGAAAGGAGAAGGCGGUUCAAUAUAAAUGACAGAAUCAAAGAACUAGGUACUUUGUUGCCGAGGACUGAUGAUCCCUACUACGAAUUAGUACGAGAUUUACGACGCAACAAAGGCACAAUACUUAGAGCUUCUGUAGCAUACUUACGGUGUCUAAAGAAAGAUGCAUCUAGAAUACCAGACAUGGAAGAAAAACAACGGUUACUAGAGCUACAAAAUAAUUCAUUACAUUUCAGAGUUCAGGAGCUUGAAACGGAGCUUCGUCUUCGUGGCAUACCAUAUACUCCUCGUCCAGAUCUCAGUAAACCACCAAUAAACGCUCCAUUUUUCACUGUCAAACAAGAGAAAGAUGAUAAGUUGCUUUCUGAACAUAAUCAUACCUCAGCAUCCACGCCCCCAACGAGUCCAAGCUCUGGAAGUUCCUAUAACAGUCCAUUUCGGGAAGAUCUGAUUGGAGAUGAUGACGACGGACCUGUAAAUUCCAAUGACCCUUUGCUUUGCUCUUCGCAGGAAAUAUUUCCUGACUUUUUCCUAGUCUAAUUUCAUCCUCAUAUUUUUAUGAACAUCUGUCAGGAUAUGUAUCAUUUCGAAAUGAAAAUAUUUUCAUCAUAUGGAAGUUGA